AUCCCAGACAGAAAGGGACAGAAUCUAUCAUCUGAGCUCCAACCCCAGCUCUGACACCGCUUCCCUGGGUGCAAGUCCCAUCCCCCCUCUGGGCUCAAUCUGCCCAUCCAUGACCCUGAUCCGCCUGCCUGGUGGGUGCCUGAGGUGCCAGGAGCGAAGGUUUGCACGGGGACGCUGGGAGGUGUAAUCUCUUUACUCAGUGCUGUUGGGUAAAGCACCACCAGGGAGGGUCUCCGUACCCUGCCUCUUCAUCCACGGGAGGGAUCUCCUCUCCCUGGGCUGGCAGGACUCAGCCUGACACCCUCCCCAGGGGGAAGAGUUAGUUUCCACAGGGGCUCUCCAUAAGGCCCCCACUCUCGAUAGCCUAGGCAUCAUCUUUGAACCCGAGCUCUCCUCUUCCUCCUUCACCGGCAGAACUGGCCAUCACCAUCUCAGCAACACUUCCUGGGGCCUUGCCUCCCCCCUCCUGGACUCCUCCCCCUGGCCUUCAGCCCCUUUCACAGGGACUAUUGCAACUCUCUUCUGCCAGGCUCUCCAAGCUCUGGUCAGCAGCAUGGGCACAGCAAGGUUACCCCUUCGCCACUCCACCCUCUCCCUUCUGGGUCAGAAUCACCCUCACUGUUUUCAGAGCCUAGCCCAGGGCUAGGGAAUGGAUCUGGCCCACCUGUUCCUCGUUAAUAGCUGCACCAAAGACAGCCGGGCUCUAUACAGAUCUGCUCUCUUGUGAAGAGAGGAAGGCAGGAGAUAGGAGAGGACGCUGGGGCAAUGGCUGUGAUGAGCAGGGGGAAGGGUUUGGGCCUGGAAGCUGCUGUAAGCAGAUGGAAAAGGCCUGGGAACUCCUGUGGAGAUAAAGAGCAGGGCAAGAUGCCAGGUGGAGAGGGAGGCCAGCCCCCAUGAUGGGGUGGUGGGGGUGGUGGAGGAUACUCCUUGUGGAGUUACUGAAUGAAAGGGAAACUGAGGCAGGGUGCUACAGAGCCACCCAAGGCCAUCAGAUGCACUUGGCAGGCAACCAGUGCUGUUACAGAGCCCCUCAGAUGCUGGGUCUCUGUUCUCUUCUCACCAAGCUUUGGCUGUCUUGUGCCUUCAUGGAUCUCCCCACUGUUUGGGCAAGAACUUUCCCCUCCACAGCUCGUACCAUCAGGCUCAGCCACCCUAUCCCUUGCUGCCUCAGCAGCUCCUCGGCUCCUUUCAUAGCCAUCUGGAGCCUUCUCUCUCUCCUUCCCUGCCACUGUGCUAAUUCCUCUCCCCUUGGGAUCUCGGGCUGGGUGCAGACUCAGCCCCUCUGUGCUCUGGUUGUUUGGGGGCACGAAGGUUGGGAUUAGAGCUGUCUGGCCUGGUGUGUUGUGUCGCCCCCGCAGAUGGCUGGCGAGCUGCAGCUUGGAAUGACAGGCUGCUCUCAGCCCUCCCAGGUGGAGAGACAAAUGGGGAGAAGUGUGUGUGCAUGUGUGUGCACGCACGUGUGCAUCCAGUCUCUAUAUCUGUUUGGGGCAUGGGCAGUGGGAGGAGGGUAUCUGUCCGUGUCCAUGCAUGCACAUCCCGUUUCUAUAUCUGUUUGGGGCAUGUGCACGCAAUCUUCAGGGGGUUUAUAGAGUCCAAGGCCAGAAGGGACCUUGCUGAUCAGCAAGUCUGACAUCCUGUGUCACGCAGGCCAUGGGACUUCCCCAAAUCGGUUCCUGUUGGAUCUACAGCCCGUUUUUUUAAUUUGAGUAUUUCUGGUGAUGGAGAAUCCCCCACAGCUCUGGGUAAAUUGCCCCAAUGGUUAAUUACUCUCACUCUUAAACAUUUGCACUUUAUUUCCAGACUGAAUCUGUCUCGUUUCAACUUCCAGCUGUUGGCUCGUGUUAGACUUUUGUCUGCUAGACUGAAGAGCCUGUGAUCAAAUAUCUUGUUCCCCAGGAAGGUUUUACUGGGACCUCAUCAUGCUGCUGCUGAUGGUGGGGAACCUGAUCAUCCUGCCCGUAGGCAUCACCUUUUUCAAGGAUGAGAACACACCGCCCUGGAUUGUCUUCAACGUGCUCUCGGACACCUUCUUCCUGGCUGACCUGGUGUUGAACUUCCGCACGGGCAUCGUGGUGGAGGAUAACACGGAGAUCAUCCUGGACCCGCACACCAUCAAGAUGAAGUACCUGAAGAGCUGGUUCCUGGUCGAUUUCAUCUCCUCCAUACCCGUGGAUUACAUCUUCCUCAUCGUCGACCUGGAGACUCAGGUGGACUCCGACGUCUACAAGACGGCGCGGGCCCUGCGCAUCGUGCGCUUCACCAAGAUCCUCAGCCUGCUCCGCCUUCUGCGCCUGUCCCGCCUCAUCCGCUACAUUCACCAGUGGGAGGAGAUUUUCCACAUGACCUACGACCUGGCCAGCGCCGUGGUGCGGAUCUUUAACCUCAUCGGCAUGAUGCUGCUGCUGUGCCACUGGGACGGCUGCCUGCAGUUCCUGGUGCCCAUGCUGCAGGAUUUCCCUGCGGACUGCUGGGUCGCCAUCAAUCACAUGGUGAACGACUCCUGGGGGAAGCAGUACUCCCAUGCCUUGUUUAAGGCCAUGAGCCACAUGCUCUGCAUUGGGUACGGCCAGCAGGCUCCGGAGGGGAUGACCGACGUCUGGCUCACCAUGCUCAGCAUGAUUGUGGGUGCCACCUGCUACGCCAUGUUCAUUGGCCACGCCACUGCCCUGAUCCAGUCGCUGGACUCCUCCCGCCGGCAGUACCAGGAGAAGUACAAGCAGGUGGAGCAGUACAUGUCAUUCCACAAGCUGCCCGGGGACACACGCCAGCGGAUCCACGAGUACUAUGAGCACCGCUACCAGGGCAAGAUGUUCGAUGAGGAGAACAUCCUGGGGGAGCUGAGUGAGCCUCUCAAAGAGGAAAUCAUCAACUUUAACUGCCGGAACCUGGUGGCCAAUAUGCCGCUGUUCGCCAACGCCGACCCCAACUUUGUGACAGCUAUGCUGACCAAGCUGCGCUUUGAGGUCUUCCAGCCUGGGGACUUCAUCAUCCGUGAGGGCACCGUGGGCAAGAAGAUGUACUUCAUCCAGCAUGGCGUGGUCAGCAUCCUCACCAAGGGCAACAAGGAGACCAAGCUGUCCGACGGCUCCUACUUCGGGGAGAUCUGCUUGCUGACGCGGGGGAGGCGGACAGCCAGCGUGCGUGCCGACACCUAUUGCCGCCUCUACUCGCUCUCGGUGGAUAACUUCAACGAGGUGCUGGAGGAGCACCCCAUGAUGCGUAGGGCCUUCGAGACCGUGGCCAUGGACCGCCUGGACCGCAUCGGUAAGAAGAACUCCAUCCUCCUGCGCAAGCGAGCAGAGCACAGCUCAGGGGCCAUGAACAAUGAGAUGAUCCAGCAGAUUGUCAAGCAUGACCGGGAUAUGGCCCACAACAUCCAGGACCUGCAGCAGAUGGCGGUGGGCCGGGAGUUGAGUGGCAAGCCGGUGAUCUGGGAGCCCCUGGUGCAUGCACCACUGCAAACGGCAGCUGCCACCACCAACGUGGCCAUUGCCUUGACUCACCAGCAGAGCCUGCAGGCCCACAUCUUCCUGCCACCCUCCUCCAUCUCCAGCCCGCUCUCACCUGAGGCCACCCUGCUCACCAGGCAAGCGCGCAGGUCCCAGCCCAGCCUGGGGGGCUCCCGGCCCUCCUCAGUGAGCUCCCCAUCCAGUAUACAGCCCCACCUGCAGACGCCUGCAGCCAACUCCCCUUCAUCCCCCAUGGUCCAGUCCCAGUCGCCUCUGGAAAGCGGGGGGCCGAAGGCCGGACACGUGGGACUGCCACAGCCAAGGCUGGUGCAGAAGGGGGAGCCCCUGGCAAUAGCAAAGCAGCCCCUUACGGGCUCCCAACCCCAGCUCUCCAAGUCCCGAGGCACCUCAGUUUCCACGUCACUUCUCCAGCAGCCAGCAGGGGGUCCGUCCCCCAGCUCUGAGCAGGUGCUCCCAGCAGGGAGAACUCUCCACUACAGCCUGUCCCGAGCCACCGGCUCCCACAUCUCGCUGCUGAUGCAGCCGCAGCAGCUGGUGAAGCACAGGAGCAUCCAGGGCCUACCUAUUGGGAGGCUCACACAGGAUGUCCGGCUCCUGUCAGCGUCUCAGCCAUCCCUCCCCAAUAAAGUCACCCAGCAAGCAGACGGGAGCUCCUCCCAUCAGGGCAGGAAGUCAGCAGGGAACCUGGCUCACAGGUCAUCUCCCUCGGUAGCUGGACUCCUCACCAAGCCACCCCCUGGGGUUCCAGGUCAGCCAGCACACCCGCAGCAGAUGCCUUCCGGAUCUUUAGUCCAAUCCAGCCGGCCCGUGAGUGGAGCGUCCACGCCGCAGUCUCCCGUCUCCACGCCCAGGCAUGCGGCAGGCCCCUCCCGCAAGGGCUCCGUGGCGUUCAGCCCUGAGGUGGAAAGUGGGAAGCCCAAACUCCCGUCCAACAUGUGAGAGCCCAGGGCUGUAGCCAAGCGUGGGGGAGAGAGAGGAGUGGACUCUCUGGAGAGCUGUGCUCCUGGGGCUGUGUCUGACAUGGGGCUGGGGCAGGGAGAAAGGGGGACAGCCUCCCCCAAAGCCCCCACCCAGGGCUGAGGCUGAGUGGGCAAGGAGAGGAGAUGGCCAGGGGUGACCACCUACCACAGACACGGACUCUGCUUGAGUCAUGUGCCUGGCUGCAGGGCAGGCUCUGCCUUGGGGUCACUCUGGGAUACUCCUGACUCCACUGAGGACAGGAAGCCAUUAAAAGGCUGCCUCCUUCUGCACCCCACAGCAAGAGGGCAGGGGGGCCAUGGGCUGGGCUGACUCCAUCAGUGCUCUCUUCACUCUGCCUCUCCCGGGGACACAAACCUUGCUAUGGGGCCCUGCCCCAUCCCCUCACUCCACCCCCUCCCAAGGGGCCCAGCCCCUGCCCUGAAGGGCAUAGGUCCCACCGCAGUGAGCAGUGUCAGGAAGGCACUUGGGGGCUCCUCCCACUCAUGUUUCUCUGUUAGGAAAUUCUCCCAGCCCCCAGAUGCGUCCCCACAAUGGCCCGCUUGAAGCCUUUGCCCUGUAGGGGAGGCAGGGUGAGGGGGAUAGGGCAGAGCCCCAGGGUAAGGCCUUUCCCCUCACCCACAGCCGGGGACAGAGUGGGGGAGAUGGACCCCAUGGAGAGGCCUUUGCACUAGGGGGUCAGAGCAGGAGGAGGUGGGGGGCUGCAAGGUUGCUGAGAGCCUGGAAUCCCCCUCACUCCAGCUUCCAAGCCUCUGUACCCAGAGUAGGACAUCUGGGGCCCCACGGCACUGCCUACCAUGGCCAACCCAGGAAGCCAAGAUGAAUCUAUCCAGCACCCUGUGGUCCCAGGCAGCUCUGAGUCCCCAGGACUCCAGGUGUCUCCCCUCUCUCCCUCUUAUCCCCAGCUGGUCUAGUCUGAGAGGCCACACAGAUCCUCAUACAUGUGGCCUUUGUCCCCAGAGGCCUGGCAAGUCACUGCCGAUUGUGAACACAUCUCAGCUGCCCCAUCUCUCCGAUAGGGUAACUUUAAAUGUGUGCAGCGGGAGCUCAUGCGAAUUCCUCUAACCCUAGAGAACCCAGUUCCCUGGGGAAGGGAGGCACGGGGAGCAGGCAUGUCUCAUCCCCCACCCCUCCGAGCACUUGGUCUUUAUAGUCAGAUGGUCCCUGUAGAAAGGGUCCGUGGGCAAGGGCUGUCCUGGCUGUAACGGUCUGGGCUGGAUUUGAGCUGGUGGGUUCCCUUGACCUCACAGCUCCUGGCCUGCCCUGGGGUCCAGGAGGCUAACUCUGAGGACAUAGGCCCAGUGCUGGCUGCCCUGAGGGGCUUGUUCACGGUAUCCAUGGGUUGUCAGGAGAAGAUUAAUCAACUCCCCUCAGUGUAAGGAGCCAGGCCUGGAAGUGCAAAAGCUGCAUAGAAAUGUCCCCAGAUCCCCCAGGGCCUAUGCUGGGUUGCCAAAGGUGAUGUGUGUUCCCAUGAGACAGGCUCUGAUGGAUGUUCUGGGAGCCCUGGGGCAGCCAGACCCAGGGAUCUGACUGAAGGGCCUCCUUGGCUGGGUCUUGUCCCCUACACUGUACUGAGGCAGGGAGCACAGGCUAAGGGCAGGGGCUGUAGUUCGGGGCUCUCAGCAUCACACCGAGAUGUGCAUUUCUCACUGGGUGUGUUCUUAGCCGACCAGACAGUUUUCUGCUCCCCUCUUGUGGGAAGGGACUUGGAAAGAGUUUUGCUACCUCUGCUCUUGACUGCUAGCUCCUGCACCCCUGGAGGGUCUUGGAGAGCUGGGCCAGGGGGUUUCUCUCCUCUCACCUUGCAGGCUGGGGCCCCAUUGCCUGGGGUUAGUCUGAGUGAGCAGCACUGUCCCCGGGAGUUCAGUGUAAGGGGAAGGGUUGGUCCCCACCCCCUGUCUAUGGUCACGUCUUGCUAAAGACCCACCCCCAGUUUCUGGAAGUCAGUCCAAGAUGUUCUUCAUCAGCAUUAAAGUGACUCCAGGGAGAUUGCAAAGGAGAUGCUCACAUCCCCCCUCCCCAUGCCGGUCAGUCACGCCCCAGUCACUGCCUGGAUCUCAGCUCGAAGCAAUGUUGCUUCCUUCACUUGUAGCCUCCCCAUGGGGAGGAUUCUGCGUCCCUGUACAGAAGGGUUGGGAUUUCCGGGGAGUCUCCCGGCUCAGCCCGAGCUGCCCCUCUCCAGGAACCAGUAGUUAGCAAUGUGUGUGCGAGUCGUGGCUCUGCUAAGCAGCUGAAUUCUGCUGAUGGUGUUGCUUUCGGGUCCAAACGUGUUACUGAUUCGGGUUAGAGUAGUGCCCCCCCCCAAACUCUGCUGUGCUGUAUAGCUUCUUCUUUCCACUACCAGAGUCAGGAAAAUUGUUUCUUGUCGUCCCUGCUCUGGGAGCACUGACAGUGUCAGCAAUAUGAAGCUCAGCCCUGUAGGUACCUGUGCUAGAGGCGAUAGACCCAGCCAUGGCUAAGCACAGUGUUGGGCUAGGGUUUCGUUUCAUAGAAUAUUUCUUAAAGGUAAGUUGUUCAGUUCUUCUCUCCAUUCGUAUUUUGGGAUGUUGGGACCAGAGUCUUCACUGCAGGACGAGGAGGGGGAGCUCAGCCCUUGGCGGAGUUCAGUCCAGUGGGAAUCACUUUGAUGCCUGUAUUGGAGGGAGUAUUCAGCACUGCCUUCUUCUCAUGGACUUUAGUGUCCUUUUCCUCUGUCCCUGCCUCCCCCCCUCCACUUGGCCCCAUAUGUCUGUCCCAGCAGCUCCUCUAGAAGGGGCCUGCAGUCAGGUCGCUUAGAUUCAAACAUUCCAGGAUCUUCUUGUUUACACUACGUAAUGUAGAGACAUUUGUAGCAAUUGUGGUAGGAUUCCAUUGAAAGGAAGAGUGCCGAGGUGUGGGCUGGCCCAGGUGGCAGCUGCAGAGCUGUGGCCCUCCUUCCACAGCACCUGGACCCUUUCUGGUCUUUCCAGAGAGGAAACCGUGCUCUGUGCGGCUGUGUCACCCUGCGGCUCUUCCCCUGCAGGUUCCCCGUCAUUGCUAACCCCGGGCAGCCCUGCUACUGAACGUGCCAGUGUUCACGGUGCUCUGGGUAACCCCCAGCACAGUACCACUGUGCUGUCCGGCCUUGUUCUAAGCAAGGUUACAAACACGGCAGCUGUGUCUGUUUGUGUCACCCCAAGGAGGUGGGGGGGGGCUAGAUGCAGCAGGACAUAGCUUCUGCCCUAGAGAGAGGCUGUCACUCCCGCCCAUAUUAGCAACAGGGGGAAUCAGGCUGGGGGAAAGGCCACAGUAGAAGCACCCUGCGUGUGUGUGUGUGUGUGCGUGCACGUGUGUGCAAGUCUAGUCACCAAAGACCAUGAUCCUUCACUCUUGCACUCACAGCAGUCGAUGUACAGAGCUUGUAGUUUUCAUAUUGCAGAGACUUUAAAAGCGUUUUUUAAUUUUCAGUCGUUGUACAUAACAGAUUUAAAUAAUAAAGAGUGACUCCAAGCUGGCACGUAACUGCACGUCUGUCAAUAAAGCAGCUGCAGCCCAGUGAAAAGCUACCCACCCCAUCACCUGCGGCUGGGGUUAGAAAAGCCCCUAGCCCCUGCUCUUCAGCAGUCACAGCUCUAGAUGUCCUCCCGCCCGUGACGUCUUUGGUGACAACAGGCCAGAGGGAAGGCAGCCCCCUUGUGCCCUUUGCUCAGGCGAUGCCUGUGCAGGCACCUUGGUGCUGGCAGUUCAGAGUCUGCCUUGCUCUCUGGGGCAGUUCAGGGUAAUUCUCAAAGCGCUUCAACCCUGAUGAAAUUGUAAUGGUGCCUGGGCUCGUCCAGAGACUGCAAUGAAACUGGACAAUGCUGCUUCCCAAGACCAAUGGCAAAGCAAAAUCUAGCUACUGGGAGAGGAUUGUAGAUG